UCCGGCGGCGAGGAGCGAAGCGCGUCCCUCUCCUCCGAGCAAGGAGGCGGCGCGGCUCGAACGCGGAUCCGCUUCCUUUUAUUCCGAGCAAAAUGCAGCCGCCUCAAGGUGGCCACGGCCCUGGGCAGCCUUUAUAAGGGAAACCCCCCCCCCCACACACACACACGCCCCCCAUUUCCGGCACAAAAUAAGGUCUGGGUUGGGGGAGGGGCCCUGGCCGACGCCUGGAUUGCCCGCCGGCCUCCUCCGCCCCCCCCCGGAAGCUCUUGCUCCGCAGGUGUGGGGGGGUGUCUGGCUUGUUCUGAGCCCCGCCCCCUUCUCGGUGGUGCGCAUGCUCGCGAGCCAUUGCCCAACACUUCCUCCUCGCAUGCGCAGUGGGCACAGCUGGGCCCGCUCGGUGGUGGUGGUGGUGGUGGGCAGUGUCCGGCCCGGACCCCGGAGUCGCGCAGCCGGAGGACGACGAGCAACACCCCGACCGGCUGCCGCCGCCGCCGCCGGCGGAGCCAGCCCGGGCUCACUUCUGCUACUGCUGCUUGGCCUAGAGCAAGAUGGCGGACACUGGUCGGCCCCAGCGGAAGAUGUCGCGGGCUGGGGAGAGCCUGUACCGCGUGCUGGGGUUGGAAAAGGGCGCGUCCUCCGAAGACAUCAAGAAGGCGUACAGGAAACUGGCUCUGAAGUACCACCCGGACAAGAACCCCGACAACCCAGAAGCAGCCGAGAAGUUCAAGGAGAUCAACAACGCCAACACCACGCUCAGCGACGAGCACCGGCGGCGCAUCUACGACGAGUAUGGCUCCAUGGGGCUCUACGUCUCCGAGCAGUUUGGGGAGGAGAGCGUCAAGUACUACUUCCUGAUGUCCAAGUGGUGGUUCAAGCCGCUGAUGGUCUGCUGUGGCCUCCUCACUUGCUGCUGCUGCUGCUGCUGCUGUUGCUUCUGCUGCGGGAAAUGCCACCCCCCUGAGGACGAGGAGUCCUACAAGUACGUCAACCCCGAGGACCUGGAGGCCCAGAUCCGUGCGGAAGAUGAAGGUGUUGGCGCCAUCCGGAUGCAGCCCACCUCCAGCGCCUCUCUGCACCACACAGAUGAGACUCAGUCCUCCAAGCCGUGACCCCCGUCCGGCUUCCCGGCCACAGCACAGUCCCCACUUCCUGCAGCCAUUCCAGAGGGGGCCCAGACUGCGGAGCGCGGCCUGCCUUGGUCUGCGGGCAAAGCACCCCCCAGAACUGAGGCGGCCUGGGGUUCCUGCCCCCCCCCGCCCCAUCGUUCUGCAACACAAAUCUCAGGGAACACGUGUGGCACUCUGGAGGAGGGCUGGCCGGCCGGCCGCAGGAAGGGCCAGGUGGGGCCUCUCAUUCCCAGCAGCAGCAGCAGCAGGCGGGUGUGGGGCGGGGGCUCCUUCAGAUGGGGCUGGACGGCACCUGGCGCCCUCCUCUGUUGGGGGAGGGGGCAGCAACAAGAGAGACCCUGGAGGUGGGGGUCGCACUAAUCAGCCUCUCCACCCCGCCAGCUUCUGCCCUCCAACCCCCACCCUGUUCCAUAAGUGGGCUAGUGGCAGCGACCAGUGCUGGACCCUUCCGGGCCAAAGCCCACUCGUGGUGGAGGGAGGGGGCCGGGCUCUUCCCGCUUUGGGUGCCGGGUGGAGCCGCCGGACCUGAGCCAGGGCUGCCCUCCCUCCCCCCCCGGGCAUUGAUUGGUGCCAAACUGCCUUGGCAGAGGAGUGGGGGGGCGCCUCCCGGCUGGCUGGCCUUCCCAUGGGGCACUGCUCCAGUUGGCUUCGCAUCACUGCGUGGGGGGCCCGGCCUCUCCAUCUCCCUUCUGUGGGGUAGCCCUAGGGAAGAGCUCUUUUUCACACUGUGAUGGGGAAUUUUCAUAGGGUUUUAUCAACGCAAUUAAAGAUUUCUGAAGGAA